AGUCUAGAGUCGAUACGCGUCUGAAUUUUAUUAUACUCAGAAGAAAAUGUCACCACAGGGAUGAGCCAGAGCCCGAGGUUAAAAUCGUCAUUCCAGUUGGGUCGUAAAUGAUGCAUUUCUUCAAAAGACCAGCCAAUUGUGUUGAUUCAAACGUUAAAUCGCCCCCUCCAAUCAAUAUCGAAUGCACUGAUGGAGAAUGACCAUUUCGUAAUCGCUAGUCACUUAACUAUAUAAACUUUUUCUGGAAGUUUAUUUUGUUUGUGGUUAAUAUUGGUCCCCGUGUUCGAAUUCGCCGUUGCCUUUUCUAUUGGAGAAUAUUCGCCGAAUCGAUAGGGUAUUAUAAAACAAACAAACUUUUCUCCACUUAUCUCAUAAGCAAAAAGCGCUCAUGGUUGGAUGUUGACAAUUCCUGACUAAUGCAUGUAUGAAUGGAGUUCAGUCUAUAGUAAACUUGUGUAUUCUCAGGAGGUUAACUGGAUAUACAAGUAGGAAAAGAGACUGAGGCACCAUGAGUCUUAGAACGUAACUUCCUUCUUUGAGAACCACCGUCAUGGUAAGGGGUGAGAUCAACUUCGCGCUGAACCUCUCCUACGGGGACGCAAUCUUCCUCCAGGACAGCGCGGGAAACAACACCGCGCUGCAGAACGCGUUCUACAUGCAGUACGUGGUCAACGGCAUAAUCCUCCCGAUUCUGUCCGUGUUCGGAGUCUUUGGGAACAUUCUGACAAUGGUCGUACUCUGGCGACGGGAGAUGCAUUCGACUACCAUUUUGUUCCUGCGGGCUCUCGUGUUAACGGAUACCGGAAUCAUUGUAGUAGUCGCGCUAACUGUGACCCCGUUUACUUUGUCUUUCUUUCACCCAGGGCUGUGGUAUUUUAAAGAUGUGAUAUACCCCAAUGUAUUUACCCCAGUGACGUAUAUUGUGAUGGUCAUCCAGCAGUGCAAUGUGUGGAUAACUGUGUCGGUCAGUGUGGAGCGAUAUAUCUCUAUCUGUCAUCCAUUCAAAGCAGCCAAAAUAUGCACAAAGCGAAGGACAUGGAUUAUUCUGUUUGCGAUAUGUGGAAUUUCAAUUAUUUACAACAUUCCAAGGAUUUUUGCGAACAGGUCUAAAUCCCCGUGUUCCCCUACAGACGACAGAGAAUGCUACAUGCUUGUGGAUACUACAUUUGGCAAAACAACAUUUUACACCAAAGUGUACAUGGUAUGGAUGUACGCUGCUUUAAUUUACAUUAUUCCACUGACUCUUCUAGCGGUCCUUAACUGUUUGAUUAUCAUGGAAUUGAUGCGCAUGCGUGCAAGGAGAAUCGGCACAAAUAUUCAAGAUGACAAUGAGGCAAAUCUUAGUCUCAUUUUGGUUUUAAUUGUGAUAGUCUUCAUUUGUUGCCAGACUCCGGGACUAUUCUCACAGUUUGACUUUCUCUUCGAUCCCAUUGUAUUUAUUCAGUGGAUAGCGUUUGGGAACACUUUGUUUGUGACAAACUCGUCCGUGAACUUCCUGAUCUACACGGCCGUCGGGCGGCGGUUCCGCAAGGUGUUACUGAAAAUGUUUAAGAAAAUUUUCGGACAAUCUGUAUUCUCGCGCUCAAGGAACUCUGGAUCAAGCUCCGACCACGAGCUUUUGGAGACAUUAAGAUCUACUGUACAUUACAGAGACUCGGAAGUGACGCAAGUGAACGACAUACACAAACUCGAGAAAAUCAGACUUACUUCUUAAUACGGUGUGAUCUUUUAUCCGCACAAGUGUCUCGUUAUGGUGACUUACCUGUCUAUCUUAUUGUUAUUGUGAUUCAUUAAUCAGUUGUUUUAUUACGUUAAAUUGUUAAAGGAUGUUUAUAUGUAUAAAGUUUCAUUGACAAA